AUUUUGGCUUAAGCUGUGGCGGCCCAAAUAUCCAGCUGCGACCCGAGCGAGCUCCGAGACUACCCCGCUUGGCAAGGCUGCUUGCAGUGGCUCCGAACGUGGCAAUGCUUGUGUUCACGAGGCUCGCUUUGGCUGCUGGUAUAGCGGUGGCGACGGCUGGGGAGACAGGAUCCAAGCUUGGCGUCACCGAUGGCCCCGCGUAUUACAACAAGGCGAAUUUGCGAUUGGGCGGCGUAGACCACAUCACGCGGUUGGGGGAAUCGUGUGGUUUUAUGGACGCCGCAUACCAGUCCAUUGCCAUCAAGCACGUGAACAUGCGGGACUCCAGUUGGUGCAAGGCUAUCGACGACCUGUCCGCGGACUGGGAUAUUUCUUUGGUUCUGAUGGACGCGACCGAGCAAGCAGAAGGUGAUGCGCCGCCGAAGGCAGCGCUGUCUGCUGGACUGAAGUUGGUCGGCUCAUCGGACGACGCCCAGGCUCCGUUCAUGAGCUGGGUAGGCACCAGCGUGGCACCGUGGAACGAGUCCAACUUUUCGGGCGCGGACAAUAACAUUUUGCCCGUGCACGGGAUCCUGGGCCCAUCGUACAGCGGCACCACCAUGAAGACCAGUUCGUUUUUCUCAAGUUUUAACGUGCCCAUCAUGAGCUCUUACGCCACCAACCCCGCCAUGUCCCAGAAGACGGGCAACAGCGCGUACCCCAACUUCUGGCGCACUUGCCCCCCGGACUCUUUGAAGAUGGGUUUGGUGGCCGCCUGGCUGAAGUCGUGGGGCAUUUCCAGGGUGUUCGUGGUCACCAUCGACGACAGCUUCCCCAUUGGCAUGCGGGACGCGUUGCAGGGGUACUGCCCUACUUACAAUAUGACCUGCGUGCUCGCGAGCAGCCUGGUGCCCGCCGCCGCCGAGGCACAAACCGACGAGUUCUUGAAUAGUCUGAUGGACGAGUUCGCGGCCUCGGGAACUAGAACCAUCGUGCUCAACGGCCUGGUGGCGCAGAACGCGAAGAUCAUGCAGAAACUGAACGCCCGAGGCCUAUCCAACGGCGACGACGGUUAUAUCGUCGUCCACCCAGAAAAAGUCGGUCUAACUGAAGUCGACUUUGAGGGGGCGUUCGCGGUGCUGCCCAGCCACGAGAUACCUGCCGCGUGGCUGGAAUCGUACAGCAUGGAACCGCCGCUGACAGCAAAAGUAAAGUCGUGGGUGAAUGCUGGCGGAUUUCUGAACGACUCCUUUGUGCAAACUGCUAUCGAGCAGUCACCUCUGUGCGGCACGCAGCAGAACGUGCUGUGCGACAGCACCAGCAUCGGCUACAACGGCAUGAUGGGCCCACCGGAUUCUGAAAGGGCAAGCGUCGCGCAUUUUACGUGGCCCGCGGUGAAUCAGGACUUCAGUGCUUGCAGCGAGUAUAGUCCGUUAUCGUACGACUCGGUGGUGUCCUACGCGGCUGCGUUCGACAUUGGGUUGCGUUUAAACGCGCUAGGCCACGCCCAGGGCUUCGACAAGGACUCGGUGACUUCAGGGAAGCUGAUGGAGAUGCUGAACAUCCUGACCCAGGGCGUAGAUGUGGCUGGCGACCCUGUGAUGCUCGAUAAGGAUGGCGACGGCGUGCCGGACACCCACGUGAAGCAAUUUUACGGGACUUGUCUCGGCUCGGGUGGGCCCAUCGGGUUCGAGUGGCGCGACGGCAUGCGGCAGGAGCGCAGCUCCCACUUCUCCGUGGUCAACUACCGGAAAGCGUCUGCAGAUGCCUCGACGCUGACCAAUUACGAGACGUGGGACUUGUACAGCGCGACGCCUGAGGAUCUCGCGACUUGGACGCCCAAGCCGCGGGCUGAGAAUCUCGCGGGCGUCAAGUUCGGGACGGGGACACAGCUGGGCUUCCCCCGACCCGAAGGCGCGUUGCUGGGCAUGCCUCCGGUGUGCCCACCAGGGCAGUAUCUGGAUGCCGACGUCGGAGACUGCACCUUCACCAGCGCCGGCUUUUACCAGCCACUGGAAGGGCAAGACUCCCAACUGGAGUGCCCACCAGGCACAUCUUGCGAGAGCGGCGGGUGCGCGGAUCAGUGCAACCCGUGCCCGCCAGGGCAGUUUCAGAGCCAGAGUGGCCAGGCGACCUGCGAGCCGUGCCCCGCGGGGUCCACCACGGGCACGCCGGGCUCUUCGAUUUGCUCGCCGUGUCCGCCGGGCGAGUUCGCAGCUCUGGAGGGGAUGGACUCGUGUGCUUCGUGCGCGAUUGGACAGGUGCAGACUGCGGAGGGACAGACCUCGUGCGAGGAUUGCCCAUCGGAUCGGACCACGUUCGAGAAAUCUGCCUCGCUGUUCGCGAGUUGCUUGUGUGUCGAGGGGACGAUGGAGCCAGUAAAGCCCGUUCUGGUUGAUGGUGAUGUGGCGACCAAAGAUGAUCUCCCCGCCUGCCAGGAGUGCCCGGAAGGUUUCGAGUGCCCACUGGGCUCGUCCUUCACAGACGCUCUGGGCGAGAGCCACGAUCUAUAUGGAUACGUGGAGCCGGACGCAGAGCAGCUGAACAUCAUCAAUGUGUCGAGACCGAACAUGGCCGUCGCCGAGGGGUACUACCUGGCGGCGGACUACAAGAGCUCGGCGGGCUCGGCCUCCGACCAGUUGGCGCUGAACAUCUACCUGUGCGAUGGACUGGGCAUUCAGCGGCUGAGUCAGGAGGGAUACGUGAGUUCUUGCCCGGGCGGGCCCGCCGACGCGUGCAGAGACGGCCGUGAAGGCAUCGCGUGCGCUAAGUGUGCCGAUGGCUCGUACACCACUAUCGACGGUCCCUGCGCUGAGUGCGAUGGCUGGGAGCCAGCCAUUCUGGUUUUUGUGAUCUUGGCGGGCUUUGCUGCGGUGGUGGCCAGCUACUACUUCAUCAAUGGACCGCUCGACGGUCAGAUGUCGCCGCUCAUGGUUUUGGCGAUGUGCGCCGGGACGUUUGUGAUGACGAUGCAGUCGUGUGCGGCAUUGUCAUCGCUGUCGAUCUCGUUUCCGAAUGGCCUUGGCGGGCUUUUCGCCGGGACACGGCUGUUCGCGUUGGACCUCAGAGUGCUCAGACCAGAGUGUUCUUUGGGCUCUUCCGUGAUCGCAAGCUACGCGCUGAAAGUGGGGUUGCCCUGGUUCCUGUUUGCGUUGUUCGGCGUGCUGUGCGCACUGAGCAAAUUGCUGCCAGAGCGGUUGCAGUGGGAGUCUACAAAAACGUUCAACACCGUGUGCAACUUCUUCCAGGCCGCAUUCAUCACAAUCAUCCUCACCGUAAUCGGGCCCUUCCGCACCUUUGCGCACCCCGGCAAGGGCGACCGCAGCAGCAUGCUGAGCAGCCCGGACAUCGACACCGUGAGCGAGACGUACGCUGGGCUCGUCGCUUUUGCGGUCUUUGGCCUCCUGCCUUGCUUUCUUUUCCUCGCGUUAUAUGUGUUCUCCGUGAAGAAGUCGCCCGCAUGGCGCGAGAACAACAUGACCAAAUAUCUGCAGGCCAUCAAGUUCGUGCUGUUCCGCUUCGAGGCCCACGCCUACUACUGGGGCUUGUGCUUUCUGGCGCGGUCAACGGCGGUAAGUGUAAUCACGUUGCUGCCCAGCCCGUUCGUGCAGCUGCAGCUGCUGUCGGUGGUGAUGGUAGUGUACUUGGUGGCCCUGUGCUUGGUUUGGCCGUGGAAGGCGCCAGUGGUGAACGCGCUGGACGCGCUGCAGACCACGCUGCUGCUCGUCAUACUGCUGGCGGCCACCAGGCUCGUGGGCGCGGACAACGGCGGCGAAGACGCUGGGGCCGUGACGGGCCUGAUCAGCACCUGCUACGCGGUGUUGCUGGUGGCGUUCGGCACCGCCGCGCUCCUUGUCUUGCGUGGGAAGCUCGACAUGGGUGACAAGACGGGUGACAAGACGGGUUCCGACAGCGUCCCCGAGAACCGUGGCGCCGAGACGGGUGCCGAUGUCGUCGAGGAGGACCAGGCCGCGGAGGUUGAUGAGAAGCCAGCGGACGAAACUGACGAGGGUAUUGAGGGUAAUCCAAUCGCUGACGAAGCUCGCAUGGAGGUCGCCACCCAGAUAUGAACGGCGGGUUGGCCGGCAGGACUGAUGACCUCCUGAGGUUUAUUCAUCUUUGCGUUGCCUGGUAUGGAUGGAGUCGCAGUAGUUUUUCCGGAGGUUUACAUCGCUUGUGUAACCCGGCAGCGCGCUUCCAACCCCACGCGGGCUUCUCUACACCUUGGGCGGCGCGCGCUAGUUCGAGCAGAGGUCGCCGCAGGUCGGCUUCUGAUUUUCCCUUAUCGCGCACACUGUUUCUUUCACCGCCUUUUCUUCGAAUGCAGCGCGCAUCUCCAUCUCUUGAUGACGACGCUGUGGCUUCUUGUGUAUUUUUGGCAGUGGCGAGGCUGAGGAUAGCGAAGCGCUUGGCAGCACCGCAGCAUUCCAAAUUGCUUGGUCAGGCACAGGGGAAGCGUUGAGGGAGGGGGGAGAUGGGGAGAUGUGACCUUGCAUAAUAUACUUUGUUCCCUAUGACCACACUUGCUCGCUUGUGCGAUAGGCACUUAUGGCUCCCCGUGCCAG